GCAGCGUCGGGAAUGGCUAUGAAUAAUGAGUGCAAGCUCAAGUUCUUGGAGCUAAAGACAAAGAGGAACUGCAAAUUCAUAGUGUUUAAGAUUGAUGAAACAAUCCAACAAGUGAAAGUAGAGAAAUUGGGGAGUCCUGAGGAAACCUAUGAAGAUUUCACCAACAAUUUGCCUGCAGAUGAGUGCAGAUAUACUGUGUUUGAUUUGGAUUUCAGAACCAAUGAGAAUUGCCAGAAAAGCAAGAUCUUUUUCAUUGCAUGGUGCCCAAACACAUCAAGAAUAAGGAGUAAAAUGCUGUAUGCAAGCUCCAAAGACGAAUUCAAGAGAGAACUAGAUGGGAUUCAAGUCGAAUUGCAGGCAACCGAUCCAAGCGAAAUGAACUUCGACAUCAUCAAAGCUCGUGCUCUCUGAAUUCUCCAACUAUCCUCAGUGUCGCUAACUCUUUUUGCUAGCACAAUAUUUUGCUUGAAUGAUUUUUUUUAUUAAAUUUUACUGAAUGGAAUGUGACGGUUCAUUUUAUAUUCCUAUGUUGUAUUGAUGUUUCUUCGUUUCGUUGCAUUUCAUCAAUAUACCAAGAAAAUGUAUUUGCCUUCA